GGGACUUUGUCGACCGAUAUCUAUGGCAUGGCCAGAUGCAGUCUUCAACCCAUUUUGACAGUGAACAGUGCCAAGAUGGGAUCGAAGACGAUGAGGGGCAUACCGGCUACAUGGCACAACACGAUCUGCUGGCUCAGAUUCCAGCUUUACGAAAGGAUAUUUGCAUCCCCGAUUAUUGCUACAUUGAUCCACCGGGGCCGGAACCUGGAACACCUGUAUACAUGAAGAAGCUCCGGGAGCAGGAAGGAAAACUUAACGGGACAGGCUCGCAGCCAGCAUCUACUGGCCAGGAUAGCCACCACGAUGAUGACAAUGAUAGCUCGGCUUCGGAGCUGGGCCUCCCCGCUGACCCGAUCAUCAAUACCUGGAUCGGUCCCUCUUGGACUAUAUCGCCUCUUCACCAUGACCCGUACCAUAACAUUCUGGUCCAGGUUGUGGGCGUGAAGUAUAUCCGUCUCUACUCUCCAAGGACGCCUGCGUCCCAAAUAUAUCCGAAAGGAAUGGAAGCUGUCCAGUCAUCGGAGAACAAAGAUAAUGCGGACGGUAAAGCCAAUGAACCACGGCUCAUUGAUAUGUCCAACACAUCGCAAGUCGACCUUGCAGCUAUCGAACUCUCCCCCGCCGAGUCCGACCAAUGGGAUGCAAUGUGGCCGGGAUUUAUGCAGGCGGAAUACGUUGAAACGGUCCUCCAAGAAGGGGAGUGCUUAUAUAUUCCUGUUGGGUGGUGGCAUUAUGUGCGUGGCCUGAAGGCAGGAAUCAGCGUUAGCUUUUGGUGGGAAUAAAUCCUUUACGAUUACGAUGGCUUUCUUUGCGUGUCUUGUCAGAUACCCUAUUAUCGGCUGGUUAUUAUCUUCAAGAGCAAGAAUGGGGUUAUGGAGUUC